AUGGAAGCAUUACUCGGCCAUGUGACCAAAUUUGUUUCGAACAACAUCUCCAUCCAUUUGUAUUCCUAUCCGCACUUUUCAGUUGAACUCGUUUUGGCCGUCGUUUUGUGUGUCGCUCAUUUGUUGCUCAUUUUCGAAGUAGAUAAAGUUUUCGAAAUAACAAACGCCAAAGCUCUAGCUAAAUUAAGAGGCAGGCAAACUCCAAUGCUGAAAGAAAUAUGCCCAGAUCUGGCUGGAGAUAAUGUGUCGUACCAUACCAUUUCCAGAAUGGAGACGCAAGUAUUUCCACAAAAAAUCGAAACAACCACUCGACAGUCAUAUUACGUUCCGUUUACAAGAAAAGUAGCAAGAAAAAUCAGUACCAGAUCGAACGUUGGUUGGUUGGUACCCAGAAGGCGCUCAUCGCUGUUCAAAAACCCCCAUUUAGAUCGAGUAGAGCAUCUCCUAUCCCUGUCACCUAGCGAAUACAUAAGACAAGACAAACAAAGAAAAGAGAGAGAGGUGGGACUGAGGUCUUGUAUACAUUCAUUAACUUCGCUAUUAGAAAAAGCUCUGUCUAAUGACGAUCUUGAAACAGAAUCUAAAGAAGCUAUUAGAAGAAGUAUUAAAAACAUCAGAGCUAAUCUUCAAUACCAAAUUGGCGAUGAUUACAAGUACAUUAAUAUGAUCAAUCCAAGUUUAAAUACUAUGGUAAAAAAUUGUUUGAAUAGAAAAAAACCCAUCAAGCAUUCUUCGGUUUCGAAUUCUGCAAAGGGAGAUGGAAGCGAGUUUGAAGAUGUUUCGAAUGUGGGAUCUCAAGAUACUAUCGAUGUUGCUACGUCUGAUUACAGCGAUUAUUAUGUUGAUAGGAGUUUCGAAGUUAUACAUGGAGAUAAAAAAUUGCGUGUUUAA